UGCAGCACAGAUGUGAUGAAGGAGCUGAAUGUGAGUGAUCGGUGUUAGCUAAGGCUCUAGCGUCCUGCUCAUGAUGUCCUUAUAAAGGCUAAUCAGGACAUCAUGUACUCUCAGAGGCACUGAAUCCUGAGUGGAACAGUUUUAGACCAUCAGCUCAGAGACUCACACACGAUAAAGGACAAAGCAUAAGGUUUAGACGGCUCAAGCUGGACUCUUUCUCAGUGCCAGGAUGAAGCAGGUGGAGAUUUUGGAUGAUAAAACCAAAGAACAGCUGUGUUUUCUGGGCAAGCAGGUUGAGUAUCACUCCACUAUUGGUGAUAUUAAAGGACUUUUUCACAGAGUGUAUCCGCAGUUUUAUCCAGCAAGACAAGCACUCAAACUCCACCCCAAAUCAGCCGAGCUCAGAGACGAUGAACUUUUACAGAAUUUACCGGUUGGAGCAAUGGCUACGCUGUAUUUCCAAGACCUCGGCCCUCGCUUUGGCUGGACCAUGGUGUUCCUGUCGGAGUAUGUAGGACCGCUCCUGAUUUACCUGCUCUUCUAUUUCCGACUUCCCUACAUCUACACUAAUACACACCCCCUCACUCCACCAGGCCCCCACCCUGCGGUCAGUCUGGCAUGUGUAUGUCAUUCUCUCCAUUACAUUAAGAGAUUGAUGGAGACAAUAUUUGUCCAUCGCUUCAAGCAAGGCACUUUGCCUGUAGGAGUCAUCAUGAGGAACUGUAUGUAUUACUGGGGUUUUGCUGCAUGGUUGGCAUAUUACAUUAAUCAUCCACUGUACACUCCACCAUCAUACGGACAACCACAGAUCAUCUGUGCACUCAUCAUGUUCACGCUGUGCGAGGUGGGAAAUUUCUCUAUCCACUGGUCACUCAACACCUCAGGAGGAGACGGGGCUAAAUAUCGAAGUUUUCCUCAUCCCUCUAAAAACCCCUUCACUUGGCUCUUCUUCUUUGUUUCCUGUCCCAACUAUACAUACGAGGUUGGAGUGUGGGUGAGUUUCUCCAUCAUGACUCAGUGUGUUCCAGUCGCUGUCUUCACGCUGAUCGGAUUUGUUCAGAUGUCGAUAUGGGCGAAGUGGAAGCACAAAGCCUACACCAGGGAAUUUAAGAACUACCCUGCUGUCCGUAUGUCCAUCCUCCCAUUCAUCCUCUGACAGUAAACCACAUGACUCUUCUGGAUGCCCAUUCUCUCUCUCCUCCUAUUAAACACCAUCCGACUCCUCCGUUAUCUUUUUCAGAGUUUAAAGAUGGAGCAACUCCAACAAUGUUUAUUUUGCUGUUUGUUGAUGGUGAUGAUGAUGAAGUAGUGUAUGUGUACUUUUCCUGUUUGAA